AGAUGGAGUCGUGUCGUAACCUCUUUUAAUCAUUGGAUUAUAUCUAAGCAAACGGUCGAAAAAUAUUCAAGAAGUAUUAUAAUUAUAAAAUGUCGGAUACAAAAACAGAAUCGCCGGAAAAAGCUGUGCCUGCAGCUGAUUUGGUUAAAAAAGAAGAAAAAAAGAAAUCUGGAAAGCCUAGAAAUUAUGAUCUAGGAAAUGGUGUAUACAGAUUUAGUCGGUCACGCAUGUAUCACAAAAAAGCCAUUUACAAGUUUAUUGAUAAAAAAACACCUAAAGUUGCGAAAGCUAAAAGACCAUUGACCGUUGAAAAAGAAAUAGGUGGUGAUAAAAAUGGAGAAAAGCGGGUUGUCCUGUUGAAAAAGAGAAGGGCUUAUUAUCCUACAGCGGAUCCUAUCACUAAAAAACACGCUAAGAAAUAUUUCCGUGAACAUCAUAGAUAUUUAAGACCUUCUUUAGUUCCAGGAACUAUUUGCAUUUUGUUAGCUGGCUCGCACAAAGGAAAACGUGUUGUAUUCUUAAAACAGCUUAAAAGCGGGUUACUCUUAGUUACAGGUCCAUUCCUCAUUAACGGUUGCCCAAUGCGUAGAAUAAAUCAGAACUAUGUCAUAGCAACUUCUACACGCAUUAAUCUUACCGGAUUCAAAUUGCCUGAACAUAUAAAUGAUGAAUAUUUCAAAAGGAAACGUGACAAACGUGCAAAGAAAGAAGAGGGUGAUAUUUUCAGUAAAAAGACCGAGGAAUACAAGCCCAACGAUCAAAGGAAAAAUGAUCAGAAAGUUGUAGACAAAGUUAUUAUUGACAAAAUUAAACAAAAUCAAAACAAAAAAUUAUUGUUUACCUAUUUGUCAGCUAUGUUUGGUUUGCGAAGCAGUCAAUACCCGCAUAGAUUAAAAUUCUAAUACGUAGGUAUAAUUAAUGUUUCUAUAUAUGAACUUAUAACUUGUAUGCGAUUUCUUGAAGAAUAAUAAAAAAUAUUACUUGUCUAUGAAACGAA